AUGAACGCAGGUGUGGCUUUCCUGCUUCUAGUAACAUCUGCAUUAGGGGAUCUUGACCUUCAGAGCCAGGUGGGGACCCAGCCUUGGAAGUGUGUGGCCUUGGACCUUUGUACCUUCAUGUGCUUGGGCCCUGAGUCACGCCUGGGGGGCUCUGUGGUCAGUGACCAUGGCGAGGUGUCUGGGCCAGAGUGCUGCCGUUGUAUGGCUCUUAAACUGCAUGGGACCAAGCAUGGGGAAGGGGUCCAGGCUGACAGCCUCAGAAACCAGGCGGCCGUGACUUUGGGCACUUUGCCGAGCGUCGUUACUGCCUGGGUUCUGGAUAGUUUACUAGGCCAGUAUGGAGUGGUGGAGAACUGUGAGCAAGUGAAUACUGACUCGGAAACUGCUGUUGUAAAUGUAACCUAUUCCAGUAAGGACCAAGCUAGACAAGCUUUAGAAAAACUGAAUGGAUUCCAGUUAGAGAACUUCGCAUUGAAAGUGGCCUACAUCCCUGAUGAGAUGGCUGCCCAGCAGAACCCCUCGCAGCAGCCCCGAGGUCGCCGAGGGUUUGGGCAGAGGGGCUCAUCGAGGCAGGGGUCCCCCGGAUCAGUGUCAAAGCAGAAACCGUGUGACUUGCCUCUGCGUCUGCUGGUUCCCACCCAGUUCGUUGGAGCCAUUAUAGGAAAAGAAGGUGCCACCAUUCGGAACAUCACCAAACAGACCCAGUCUAAGAUCGAUGUUCAUCGUAAAGAGAAUGCAGGUGCUGCUGAGAAGUCAAUUACUAUCCUCUCUACACCUGAAGGCACCUCUGCAGCUUGUAAAUCUAUUCUAGAGAUUAUGCAUAAGGAAGCUCAAGAUAUAAAAUUCACAGAAGAGAUUCCCUUGAAGAUUUUAGCCCAUAAUAACUUUGUAGGCCGACUUAUUGGUAAGGAAGGAAGAAACCUGAAAAAGAUUGAGCAGGACACAGACACUAAAAUCACGAUAUCUCCAUUGCAGGAAUUGACGCUCUAUAAUCCGGAACGCACUAUUACAGUUAAAGGCAAUGUUGAAACAUGUGCCAAAGCCGAGGAGGAGAUAAUGAAGAAAAUCAGGGAGUCUUAUGAAAAUGAUAUUGCUUCUAUGAACCUUCAAGCACAUUUAAUUCCUGGAUUAAAUCUGAAUGCCUUGGGUCUGUUUCCACCCACUUCAGGGAUACCACCUCCCACCUCAGGGCCCCCUUCAGCUAUGACUCCUCCUUACCCACAGUUUGAGCAAUCAGAAACAGAGACUGUUCAUCUGUUUAUCCCAGCCCUAUCAGUCGGCGCCAUUAUUGGCAAGCAGGGGCAGCACAUCAAACAGCUUUCUCGCUUUGCAGGAGCUUCUAUUAAGAUCGCUCCGGCUGAAGCACCAGAUGCUAAAGUGAGGAUGGUGAUUAUCACUGGACCUCCAGAGGCUCAGUUCAAGGCUCAGGGAAGAAUUUAUGGAAAAAUUAAAGAAGAAAACUUUGUUAGUCCUAAAGAAGAGGUGAAACUUGAAGCGCAUAUCAGAGUGCCAUCCUUUGCUGCUGGCAGAGUUAUUGGAAAAGGAGGCAAAACGGUGAAUGAGCUCCAGAAUUUGUCAAGUGCAGAAGUUGUUGUCCCUCGUGACCAGACGCCUGAUGAGAAUGACCAAGUGGUUGUCAAAAUAACUGGUCACUUUUAUGCUUGCCAGGUUGCCCAGAGAAAAAUUCAGGAAAUUCUGACUCAGGUAAAGCAGCAUCAACAGCAGAAGGCUCUGCAAAGUGGACCACCUCAGUCAAGACGGAAAUAAAGGCUCAGGAAACAGCCCACCACAGAGGCAGAUGCCAAACCAAAGACAGAAUGCUUAACCAACAGACGGGUGCUGAACCCCUAUAUCCAGAAACACAUGCACAAGUUUUUACCUAGCCAGUCGUUUCUUUGAGGACCAGGCAACUUUUGAACUCCUGCCUCUGUGAGAAUGUAUACUUUAUGCUCUCUGAAAUGUGUGACACCCAGCUUUAAAAAAAAAAAAAAAAAAAAAAAAUAAGGGGGGAGGGA